AUGGCUCCCCGACUAUCCCCAGCUCUUCUCCAUCCUCGAGCGCUCGCUGGUCCUUCACGGCUUACGAGACGGGUUCUGUCGACUGCCAGCCAAACUUCUCCUUCACCUAAAAUUAGCUCCGUACCAUUCAAGAUCCGACCUGAAGAUGCAGCUCAACGGAUGUAUAUCAACGGUCUACUAGCUUCUGCCGCUUUGCCCAACAUGAUCUUAGCAGGAUUGUUACGAUUGUUCGGACCGUCCAUAACGCCCUUAGCGAAUGAAUUUGGUCUAGGUUCGAAUCUCAAGAUGAAAGAUAUGAAAGCUGUACUAUAUCCUAUAUGGAGGGUAGACAGUAUAUUGCAGGGAAGUGUGAAGUUGGAAGGGACUAAUCAGAGGGUAGAACCAAAGAUGUGGAUAAGUACACGGGAAGGAUAUGUUCCAGGAAACCCUUUCGCACCUUUAUCAUACCUAUCUUUCGCUGUACCUCCCCUUCCAGACGAUCUGCCACAGUAUAACCUAUCUGAAGAUCUCACUCAGCUAGGAGACGGUUUCGAUGUCGUUCCAGUCCCAUUUACCGUUUCACCUCUGGGUCUAGCAAAGAAGUUGAGAAAGUUGAUUGGAACAAGCAAGAAGUGGGAGAAUGUGACGAUAGAUGAAUCGAAAUGGGAGGAGAUCAUGCUCGCCGCAUAUCCCAUCAUGUUUCCAAUAUAUGUAGCAGAGUUUGAGCAUGAUAUGGGUGAUGAUGGUGUUCGUUCAUUCAAUGUGAUAAUGGAUGCGCACGACGAAAACCCCACGAAUUGUAGAGUCAGCUGGCCACCACCUCCACAGCUAGUAGAGAGUGGUCGAUUUGAUAAAAAUUACUUUGUAAAUCCCGCACCUUUCUUACCAAUGGCCAACCUCCUCCUCUACCCCUCCGUCGCACCGCAUAAUGUGAUCGGACCCAAUACUUCCAAGUUAGUUGAAUCAUUUAGAGAAUGGAUGUCACCCGCCCCAUACGAAGAUGAUAAGAAGACUAUACCUCCUUCACCGAUGUUGGCCGUACAGAACGACGAAGAGCCCAAUGGACCUAAUUGGGAUGAUGUAAGGAUACAAAGCUGGUCAGGUGAAGAGAGAUUGCAGAAUGGAGAUUGGAUAGAACAGGCUUUGAAAACUCAGAAAGGGAUUGAAACCUUAGAGACAAUGUCAUAUUUCUCUUCUCGCGCACCUCAUCCAGAAGACCUCAAAGGUCUAGUAAUCAACACUGCAGGAUCUCGACCGACAUUUGAAAGAAAAUCACUGAGUGAUAUGGAGAAUCAGCUGAGGGAUGAUGUGGAAAGGAUGAAAAAGGAAUUAGAGGAGAUGAAACCAGAGUGGUUAAGGGAGUUUGAGAAGAAUAAGAACAAGAGUUAA